AUGGCGGACGCAAUGGAACCAGAUCAACCAAACAACGAAGAUGUUAAUAAUCAUGUUAUACUCCCUCGUGAUGUCACAAGAGAGAUGUACUUACGUAUUUUGGACAUGGUUAAAAAGAUUAAAACAAACGAGACAAUUUUACUAUAUCUGCGCGAGGAAUUUGGCUGCGAAUGGAGUUUAUCGACACUGAAGAGACGUUUGAAAGCAAUGAAUAUCAAGAGACAUGAUCAAACCAUAUCCCCACAACAAGUGAUUAAUGCUAUUCAGAUUGAAAAUCAGGGAGUUGGAACAGUGAUUGGGUACAGGCAUAUGCAGCAACGUCUUCGACUUCGACAUGAUCUAUUAGUUAAAAGGGAUGAUGUUUAUCAAGGCAUGUUGUAUGUCGAUCCCGAAGGUGUCAGAAGAAGAAAGGCUAAUGUGUUAAAGCGACGGGAUUAUGUUUCAGUGGGAAGUAACUGGAUAUGGCAUAUAGAUGGCCAUGAUAAAAUGAAACCUUAUGGCUUCACAAUCCAUGGUUGUGUUGAUGGCUUUUCACGCAAAAUCAUUUGGUGCAAUGUUGAUGUUACCAAUAACGAUCCUGCAUAUGUUGCUCAAUACUACCAUGAUUAUGCAAAGUCUUCCAAAGUAAUCCCUGCAAUCACCCGUACUGAUGGUGGAACUGAAAAUGUAUUGUUGGCUGCAUGUCAGAUGUAUUUAAGACGAAAUGGUGUGGACAGCUUAGCAGCACAAAAAAGUCACAUGUAUGGCACCUCAAUGGCUAAUCAGUAUCAGAUUGUGGAAAGGGAUACAUGCAGUGUCAUGCAAGAAGCUGUUGAUGGACUAGAGAGAUGGGCAGAAACAAACAAAAUGGGCUUGAACCCGAAAAAAGCAAAGGAUAUGUGGAUAUGUUUCACUGAUUCAAACCCAGAACCACCUAGCAUCCGAAUUGGAGAUGAUGAAAUAGAAAGAAUGGAUAUAGUUUUAAGCUUUUGGGUGUCUCAUGUCAAAAUGAUCUUAAAUGGAAUGGACAUGUAG